AUGGUACAAAAACAUGCUUUUGAGGCUCUUGAUCGUACAAUGAAGGAUAGUUUGAGUGUGUUUGAUUCACGAAAUUCAGAACUUCCAUUUGGUGGAAAAUCUAUUGUCUUUGGUGGUGACUUUAGACAAAUCCUACCCGUUGUACAAAAUGGAAGCAGGCAAGAAAUCGUAAACGUCUCUUUAUGUUCAUCCCACAUCUGGUCCAGUUGCAAGGUGUUAAAAUUGACAACCAACAUGCGUUUGUCGGUUGGAUCCAGUAGCUCAAACAUCAAGGAGAUAAACGAAUUUGGUAAAUGGCUUCUUGAGAUCGGCGAAGGCAAUGUUGGUGAUUGUAACGAUGGUGAUGCAAAUAUUGAAAUACCUGAUCAUCUUUUAAUAACUGAUGAAAAUGAUCCAAUUCAAGGUUUGAUUGACUUUGUAUAUCCUUCAGUGCUUCAUCGUUUUAAAUACCGUGACUACUUUUCUGAAAGAGCUAUACUCGCUCCUAAGAAUGAAGUUGUUCAUGAGAUAAAUGAUCGUUUGCUUGCGUUGUUUCCCGGUGAAGAAGUAGAGUACCUUAGCUCUGAUAGUUUAUGUUCGACUGAGGAAAUUAAUGAUCCGUUACAUCAAGAUUUAUAUAAUCCAGAUGUGUUAAACAGUGUGAAAGUAUCAGGAUUACCAAAUCAUAGAUUGGUAUUAAAAUUGGGUAUUCCGGUUAUGCUUUUGAGGAAUAUUGAUCAGCAAAACGGUCUGUGUAAUGGUACGCGUCUUCAAAUCACACGUCUUGGUAAACGUGUUAUCGAGGCUGAGAUAUUAUCGGGAAGUAAUAAGACAUCUGACGUGGCAGCUGACGUGGAAUCCAACGUGGCAGCUGACAUGGCAUAUGACAUGGCAUCCAACGUGGCAUCCAACGUGGCAUCCGACGUGGCAUCUGACAUGGCAGUUGACGUGGCAUGA